CUUUCAAAUAAAUAGUUCAAUUCUUUAUAUCCACAUGUAUGUUUCAAUGAAUCAUGAAUCAAUUCUAAUCAUCAUCUUUAAUCUUUUUAUCCAAAUCUUUUAUCCGUAUUGUAUUAUUUAUUAAUCAAUUAUUUUAUACGUCGUGACAUGCCCUCUAACUACUAUUUCCUCCGUCUAGAUUUACAAGGGACUAUAGAGCGACCGGUAUUUAUUGACCUGACACAUGACGAGGAGACUGGCUCCAGCAGAGCAUUGUUAGAUCUUACAGCACAUGACGAGGAGGCUGGCUCCAGCAGAGCGGUUCCGGACCCCUCAUUAUUAAUAGAAAGGAGUUGUGAUUUUACCACUGGUGGCGACGCAUGCUGCGUAGUGCCAGAGCCGUCAUUAUUCAUAGAAAGGAGUUGCGGAUCCUGUGACGAUGUGUCUAGCUGGACAGAUACACAGCUGAACGUUUGGGAGCGUUCGUCUUGGUCCAGCGAGCAAGAGGAGAGGUCACCGAUAAGGCGUCAGCAGACACCGUUAGCAGAACGAGAAGAUAUCGCCGUCGACGAGCGAUCAUCAUUGACGGGGGGUAGACAGACGCCGUUUGCUCUUCAAGCUCAAAAUACUGUCUCGCUAGAACAACUCAACGGCGUCUUAAGAGAGUCUAAUAUUCCUUUACACGAGUCCAUUGACAGACUGUGGGGUUCUGUCGGUGAGAUACAUACGAUUCUUAGGAGAUUGUAUGCUUUUAUCGAAGGUGUUAAUCAUCGCGACGAAGCGCUGGAGAAUUCUUUCAACCGUUUGCUCGAGUCAUCAAACGAGCAGAUGAGAGAAAGGCGUCUGAUAGUUGAACUCCUAUGUGCUAUAAACGCCGUACUAUUUUCUAGAUAGUCACUAUUUUUAUAUUGACCAGUGAUCGCUAUAAGUUUUUACAUUUAUCUCUAUAUCUUAUAAUCGAUUUUUAACAUUUACAAUUUUACCUCUAUAUCUGACAAUCAAUAUAUGUCAUUUAUAUCUGUGUUUAUAUCUGUUUUAUAUUUGCCAAUUUAUAUCUAUGCACCAUUUAUUUUUGUAUUGAACACACAGCGCGCCAUAAUUCCUCUUUGUUAGUGCUGAAACCAUACGGGAGGGAUGGCCGAUGAAAAAUGUUCAGAUGCCGGGGAUAGCUGUCAUCCAGAUCAAACUCUCUCAGACCUGUUACAGGAUGCGAUCGGAAUGCACACAGAGACCCAUCAUCAUAACGCCGAUAGACUACGACUACUGUUAAAUACACACCCUGUACAUGAGCAAACUUUUAAUACCGCGCCGCCCCAACAGAUUUCUAAUUUGGAAUAUUUGGAAGCUGCGAUACGUGAAAGUACAGAUUUUAAUCCAUGCAUCAGACUAUGCGAAAUAUUAAAUACGAGGGACACAAACACCAUACAAGACGGCAGU